AUGGAGUGUUCUCCAUCUUGCAGCUUCCCUUUCAUUUUUGAUGGUAGAUCCUACUCAUCAUGCACGAAGGAUGGGGCUAUUGAUGAACAGUUGUGGUGCAGCACAACCCCUAACUAUGAUAAGGAUGGCCAAUGGAAGCGCUGUUCUCUCCAAGAGUACGGUGGCAACUCUGGAGGCAAGCCCUGCAUUUUCCCCUUCAUCUACAAGAAUCAGACAUUCUACACCUGCACUGAUGAGGAGAAAGGUGUAUUCUGGUGUGCCACCACGAGAAACUAUGACAAGGACCUUGAAUGGAGCUGCUGUGCUGACAUCAGACUAGAUGCCAAUCCCAAGGGGCCAUGUGUCUUUCCUUUCACCUACAACCAUACAUCCUACUCAGCAUGCACAACAGAUGGGAUUUCUAACAAAAAGCCCUGGUGCUCCCUUACCAACAACUAUGACACUGACUUGAAGUGGACUUACUGUGAGCCCUCAGGGCCAGCUCCUGCUUCAGAAAACCCAUUAUGUGUCUUCCCCUUCAUCUACAAGGGCAAGUCCUACAGCACAUGCACUAGUGAAGGCAUGAGCGAUGGGAAACUGUGGUGUGCGAACACCAGUAAUUACGACGUUGAUAAGAAAUGGGUGUACUGUACUGUCACAGAAGCAGCUGCUGAGCCCAAGGACCUUUGUGCCUUUCCUUUCCUGUACAACGGCAAGCUCUAUGACUCCUGCACAACACAUGGAAUGUCCCAGAAGAAGCCCUGGUGCUCUCUCACGGCGGACUAUAAUGCGGACCUGCAAUGGACAUACUGUGAGCCUUCAGGCCCUGACGAGGUUGCAGAAAGUCCACCUUGCAUCUUCCCAUUCAUCUUUAAGAGACAGUUUUACCACAGCUGCACCACAGAUGGGCGGAGAGAUAAGAAGCUAUGGUGUGCCACCACAGGCGACUAUGAUACAGACAAGAAGCUGAAGUUAUGUCCGGAAGAGCCAGGUCCAGAUCUGAAGAUAGAGAGUCCAUCUUGCACCUUCCCUUUCAUCUACAAGGGCAACUCCUACAGCACAUGUACCACAGAGGGCAUGAGUGAUGGGAAACACUGGUGCGCCACCACCAGCAACUAUGACAUGGAUGAGAAAUGGAUGUACUGCAAUGUCACAGGGCCUGAUGAGAGUGUGGAAAGCCCACCUUGUGUCUUCCCAUUCAUCUACAAGGACAAGUUUUACCUCAGCUGCACUGCAGAUGGGCGGAGUGAUGGGAGGCUCUGGUGUGCCACCACAAGCAGCUAUGAAGCGGAUAAGAAAUGGAAGUUCUGCCAGGACUCAGGGCCAGACUCAAAUGGAGAGGGUCCUUCCUGUGUAUUUCCAUUCAUUUACAAUGGCAAGUCCUACAGUGCAUGUACCACAGAUGGCCUGAGUGAUGGGAAAUGCUGGUGUGCUACCACCAGCAACUAUGAUUUAGAUAAGAAGUGGAUGUACUGUAAUGACACAGGGCCAAAUCCAGAGGUAGAGAGUCCAACAUGUGUCUUCCCUUUCAUCUACAAGGGCCAAUCAUACAGCACAUGCACUUCAGAAGGCAUGAGUGAUGGGAAACUGUGGUGUGCCACCACGAGCAACUAUGAUGUGGAUAAGAAAUGGGUGUACUGCAAUGUCACAGGACCAGAUAUAAGCAAGGAAACUCCCAAAUGUGCCUUUCCAUUCAUCUUUGAGGGCAAGUUGUAUAUGGAUUGCACUGCAAGUGGGCGGAGUGAUGGGAGGUUGUGGUGUUCCACCACCACCAACUAUGAUGUCGACAAGAAAUGGAAGUUCUGUGAGGAGGACUCAGGUCCAGAUCUGAAGAUAGAGAGUCCAUCUUGCACCUUCCCUUUCAUCUACAAGGGCAACUCCUACAGCACAUGUACCACAGAGGGCAUGAGUGAUGGGAAACACUGGUGCGCCACCACCAGCAACUAUGACACGGAUGAGAAAUGGAUGUACUGCAAUGUCACAGGACCAGAUAUAAGCAAGGAACCUCCCAAAUGCAUCUUUCCAUUCAUAUUUGAUGGCAAGAAUUACAGCAGCUGCACAGAAGAUGGACGGACUGAUGGGAAGCUGUGGUGUGCCACCACUGCCAACUAUGAUGUAGAUAAGAAAUCAAUGUUUUGCACCAUCACAGAAACAGGAUGUGUCUUCCCUUUUAUCUAUAAGGGGAAACCUUAUGAAAGCUGCACCACCCUGGAUAAACAUGAAGGAAAAGCUUGGUGUGCCACUACUCCAGACUACCAAACAGGCUUGAAGUGGAGAUUCUGCACCCGUGAGCAGAUUGGGAGGAAUUGGACUGCGUCUUCCCCUUCAUCUUUCGUGGCAAGUCAUACGACAGCUGCACCAAAGCAGGACGCUCGGAUAAAAGGAGCUGGUGUUCCCUCACUAGUAAUGCUGACACUGACAACAGAUGGAUUCUGUGCUGAUUCAAGCAGAGGAAUUUCAGGUGGGGAUGGAUCACAGUGGAACUGA